CCUCGCCUGCUGUUAUUCGACAGAGGGAAAGGUUGUUGGUUUGAGCCAGUCAGGAUUUAAGGUAAAACAACUAAGAUUUACGUGGCAAAGAUAAACAUGGAGUUUAUUAAAGAGGAGAAGCUGGACAUCGGUGUUUCAGAACCAUGCAUAGUGAAAGAAGAGGAGACUGAGGAACUAUUAGGUCAAAUGGAAGUGAAAGAGGAAAGUCAAGAACUGAAUGAAGUGGAGGACCAUCUGAAAUUCCAGACACCUGAAAGUUUCAUAACGGAAGAAAAACCUUUUAGUAAACUACAGUCUGAAAAAUGUUCACAAAAAGGACACCUUAGGGAUCACAUAAAAAAUCAUACCAGAAAGAAGCAUUUAACAUGCCAUCAGUGUGGAAAGAGUUUCAAACAAAAAGGACAUCUUAAUAUUCACAUGAGAAUUCACACUGGAGAGAAGCCUUUCUCAUGCCCUCAGUGUGGAAAGAGAUUUAUUCAUAAAGGACACCUUAACGGUCACAUACGAAUUCACACUGGAGAGAAGCCGUUCACGUGCCAUCAGUGUGGAAAGAGUUUCACACAUAAAGCAAGCCUCUCAUGGCACAUGAAUAUUCACACAGAGGAAGAACUUUCCACGUGCCAACAGUGUGGGGAGAGGUUCCCAAAUGCAAGAAUACUCAAGGUUCACACAAGAAUUCACACUGAAGAGUGCCCUCUAACAUGCCUUCUGUGUGGAAAAAGCUUCACACAUCAAGAAGAAAUUAAGUGUCACAUGAGAAUCCACACUAAAAAGAAACCUUACACAUGCAAUGAAUGUGGUAAGAGUUUCAUUCAUAGAGGACACCUUAAUGAUCAUUUAAGAAUUCACACUGGAGAAAAGCCGUUCACAUGCCAUCUGUGUGGAAAGAGUUUCAAUCAUAAAGGAUACUUGAAUGUUCACAUAAAAAUUCACUCUGGAGUGAAGCCACAUACAUGCCAUCAGUGUGGAAAGGGUUUCAUUCAUAAAGGACACCUUAAUGAUCAUUUAAGAAUUCACAGUGGAGAGAGACCUUACACGUGUCCCCAAUGUGGAAAGAAUUUUAGUUAUAAAGGAUACUUGAAAGUUCAUCUAAAAAUUCACUCUGUAGACAAGCUGCAUGCAUGCCUUGAGUGUGGAAAGGGUUUCAUUCAUAAAGCACACCUUAAUGAACACAUGAGAAUUCACACUGGAGAGAAGCCUUUCAUAUGCCCUCAUUGUGGACAGAGUUUCACACAUAAAGGAAGUCUGACAUGGCACAUUAAAAAAAAUCACACUGAAGAUGGACUUUCCGCAUCAUGCCAUCAAAGUGAGAAGAAUAUUAAAAACGAAAGAAACCUUGAGAGUCACUCAAGAAGUAACUCUGUAGACAAACCAUUUGCAUGCCAGCAGUGUGGAAAGCACUUCAUUCAUAGAGGACACCUUAAUGAACACAUGAGAAUUCACACUGGAGAGAAGCCGUAUAUAUGCCCUCACUGUGGACAGAGUUUCAGACAUAAAGGAAACCUGACGUGGCAUAUAAGAACUCACACAGAAGAUGGACUUUCCACUUGCCAUCAGAGUGAGAAGAAUUUAAUAAAGACACCUUAAGAGUCACAAGAAUUCACACUGGAGAGAAGCCUAACAUGCCCUCAAUUUGAAAAGAGUUUCAAACACAAAGGACA